GCUGUCUGUUAUGAUCUUUCAAAUCUAUAUAAUAAUUCACUUUCUGUCUCCUUCUUGAUUUUCUCUCUUUAGCCGAAUCCUUCUACCUUUCACCAUUCUUUUCCGAUUCAAAUCUUGAAGAUUUUGUUCAUCUGUGACUUCAGUUCCUGGAUUAUUUAAGGAGCCUUUAGAUUUCAAAUUUUAAUUAGCUUUUUUUCUUUCUAAUAUAUAAAAACAACCAAAAUUGUGGGCGCAGAUAUCGUUGAUUUGGUUUCGUUUCAUUGCAAAUUAUUGUCUCAAUUCGUUUUUGAGAUGGCUUCGAGUUUUGACCGAUGGGAAAAAGAUCCUUUCUUCUCUGUGGCUGAAGAAGUUCAGGAAUCUGCGGACAGGAUGGAAUCGACAUAUCGGACAUGGAUACACGCCAGCAAAGACGUUUGUAGUUCGUGGAAUUUCGAGGAACUUCGUAGAGACCUGCGUACUACCCUUGGCACCACAAAAUGGCAGUUAGAGGAGUUUGAAAGGGCUGUACAAUCAAGCUACAAUGCAAAUUCAAGUGAGGACGUGAGAGACAGGCAUCGAGAUUUUAUUGUGGCAAUUGAGGAUCAGGUUUCAAAGAUUGAAAAAUCAUUGCAGGAAUCAGCCCUUUUGGAGGGUAAGACAUCAAUGCCUUGGGUGCGAUUGGACAAAGGUGAAUGCGAUGAUCUUGCUUUAUUUUUGUCCGGACCAACUGUAUCCGGUGAAAAGGAACUUCCUCCUAAGAGUCAUUCUAGGACUAAUGAAAUCCCACGAGGAAUCAAUAUAGAAUCUGUGCCACAUUGCUCUAAGAAUUCAGGUCAAUCUGUUGAGUGGAGCUCCUCCGAGGCUAAGGGCGAGAAGUCACAUGGGCAUAGGAGGACUGCUAGUGCUAGUGCCAACAUUGGCACUUGGAAGAUUGCUAUCGGUGGGGAUGUUUUAGAACAGAACUCUUCCAAUGGUCAGCCCUCCAUUCCCCCACGAAAGGUACCAAGCUUCUCUGGUUUCCUAAAUUCAAUGGAAUCUGUAGCCAAGGUGAAGUGGUCGAAGAAUGGUUUCAGGAAGUGGAAGGCAGUAGAUUGUGAUUCGGAGUCUAAUACAGAGUUGUUGAGAUCUCCUCAGCUGGCUACGGGCCUCAAUGCAUGCUAUGAACGAAGUAAGAGUUGCCUAGAUUGUGAUAAUUAUGAUAAGCAACUUUACGGCUGGUAUGGGGCUAUUCAAAGACUACUCCAAAGGUCUCAGUAUCAAAUGCGGUAUGGUCAUCCCAUUCGACUAGCAGUUUGGGUUGUCCUCUUCCUUUGUUUGAUUGUUUUAAUUGGAUUUUAUGCAAUAUGAGGACACAGAAUCUUCGACUGGCAGUUCAUACUCAGUGGCUAAAUAUUUUGGGGGAAGGUUGUUAAGGGGUCCAGCUUGUGCAAGUUAUGCUGGCACCCUGAUGUUAUACACGGUGAAGUAUUGAGUGAAGGUAGUACAACAAAAAGUAAGUACCUUUUCCCCUUCACUUUUCCUUGACAACCUCUUGUUUCUCUGUCUCCUCCGAUUUUGAUUAUUCGGGCUAGGGGGAAGUCCUGUUGUUACCAGGGAGCAGAGGGAUGAUUGAUUUGAACUGAGGCAGUCAGAUGAUGUAAUAUAUGUAUUCUUUUUCUUCUGGAAUAGUACUUUGUAUUAAUACGAACGUGUAGCAUUUUAACCCUCCAUUCCCUACCAGUUUCGUUUAAGUUGUAACCAAUUAAGAGCUGCAGAAGGGAAGUGGGAAUUUCAUCUAAUUUGGAUCUCAAACCUAAAUGGCAGAAAGUGUUGAAGUUCCUUUGCUGGUCUCAUCCCAGCUCCAUCUUUAAACUUAA